AUGUCAGUUACAAGUCACACUUCGAGCAGAAAUUCUCAAUAUCAACAACUGAAAAACAAUAUUCUAAAAAUAUCAUCUGCUAAAAAUAAACCAUUUGCAAAUGAAACUUAUUCCAGAUCAAAUUCAUCUGAAUACGAAUAUGUGGGUCGACUUAUUACUCGUGAAAGGCCAAUUUUACGUUUACAUGAUCAACAGCAGCUACAUCAACGAGAACGAAAUUGUCCAAAUAAUACGUCCAUUUUAAAAUUAUUGUUAGAUUACAACAAUUUAUUAGCUAAAAGUUAUGGUAAUAAUGAAUUAAUUACAACACGUUCGGUUAAAGGGAUUCAACGUUUUCAGCAAACACUCAAACAACCAAGAUUAAAUGCAUAUCCGAAAUUUAAACAAGAAGAUCAUAACAGUUAUAAUGAUAAUGGCAAGAUUGACUAUGAUCAGCAAUUGGGUAAACCAAUUAGUGUCACACGCAUUAGUGAUGGACAUUAUCGGGAAAUUUAUCGUCUUCCAACACCUCCACCAAAGUUAAAACGAAUUAUUCAUCGUCUAAAACCAUCUGAACCAAAAUUAAUUGAACAGAUCUAUGUUCGACGUUCACCACAAGAAAUUAUUGAAAAUGUCAUUGAAGUACCAUCACAGCAUGUCCGUGUUGUUAACAAGGGAAAAUUUCUUGACGGAUCACCAGCGAUUACACAAUCGAAACCCAUCCGACUUCAUUCAAAUCGGCAUAAUCAUCGAAAAAUGGUCAAAAAUAAAGAAUUCGAUGGUGAACUAGCAUCUUCAUUACAAUCGAUCAACCUUGCUCCUCAACAGUUAAUGACUAAUACAGUUUUCCCAACAAAUCAACUUCAUACAGGAUAUUCGACUAAUUUUACUCAAUUUCAACAACCACAAAUGUUUACUGGACAACAACAAACACCCACUUUUAUUCAGACAACAAUUCCACCUCAUAUGUUUAAUGCUCAACAAACACAGCCGCAUACUCAAUUUCAACAACAAACACAACACACUUGCAUACACCAUCAACAACAACCUCAAAUAAUCAGUCAUCUCCAGCAGCAGCAACAACAACAACAACAAGAUCCACCAAUUUUAAACCUGAACACGCUGUCUCACCAAAGCAUGUCUGUUCCUCAACAACAACAAAAUCCAGUUCAUAUUACUCAACAACCACAGAUGACAUUUUUCAACAUGUAG